AUGGCUCCCUCCAAGACCCCCAGCCCAGCGCCCCCCUCAGCCAGCGCGCGACCGUCCCUCGAGCAGAACAUCAACCCCGACUUCACCGACCCGUCCUUCGAUCCCGCCGAAUACCUCAACAAUGCACUCCCUGCCCUGACGCUGGCGUCUUCGCAGUCGAUCAACAGCAGCAACAACAGCAGCAGCAGCAAUCCCCCCCGAGGGGCGGCCGCCGGCUCCUCCUCCGUUCCUUUGCUCGAGAUGUCCACCCAAAUCCAGUCCGUUCUCUCGCAGAUCAGCGCGCACAAUGUCCGGUACUCGAGCACGCUCACGCGAUUGACCGAUGAGAUCUUACGGGGCGGCAGUCGGUUGGCCUACGAGGUGGAGGUGCUGCGCGGCGAGACGAUUGCGUUGUCGGAUACGUUUGCGGAGGCGCUACGUGGAGACAUUGCUAAGUUUGUUCCGGAGGGCCACCCGGAGGGGGUGAAUGGGGGUCAGAAGGGGUUGGAUGAUAAAGGGGAGGGCUAUGAUCGUGACUCUGAAGCUGUUGGUGCCGGAGCGGGGGAUGUGGAUGGCAAGGCCGAGGAGACAGAAGCAGAGGCAGAAGCUGCUACGAUACAGGAUCCGGAGUUCAUUACGAAGCUACGUAUGCUGAAUCAGGUGCGGGCUCGGUUGGAGGAGGUCGUGCAGACGUUCGGGGACGCGAUGGAGUGGCCCAUCCCGCCGUCGGAGACCUCCCUGGCUUCGUCGUUCAUCUCAGUGUCGGCGCCAGAGGCCGGGCCGGAGAAUCAAAGUCGGGAGGAGAAGGGGCAGGAGGUGGCCAGGCGACUGCGGGCGGAGGUGACGGGGCUUCUGGAGAGCAAUGGUGGCGGUCUGGAGGGGGUGGAGGCUGCGUCGCGCCGGGUCGAGGCGCUGCGGACGUUGGCGUUGGUCUGGAAGGGGACGGCUGAGGAGAAGGCUCGGACUCGCGUUGUGGACAGCCUGGCGAAAAUCGUUGAGGAUCGUCGCAGAGCUCUGGAAAGCCAGAGCCGAGCGGACUCGUCGCAGCAAGCUUCUGGCUCUUCUACCAGAGCACAGUCGGCGGGCCACCGACGGCAGGAGAGCGAAGGCCCGGCCGGUGGCAUUUUCCGCAACUUGCAGCGGUUACGAGAGGAGAUCUAUCUUGAAUGA